AUGAGCCUAUUUCCUGAAUUUGGUAGCUGGAUCAAUCAACAACCUCAAAAUGCCGAGUCCAAUGACCCUGGACCUGAUCAUGUGUGGGCAGUAGAUCCUAAAUAUUUUGACGUCGCUGAGGCGCAGAAGGAGGCAUUACUUUGGCGAGCCGAGGAGGAGAAGCAUCCAUGGUAUGAUGCUCCUGCUAAGGUCAAGGUGAAAACAAAAAAUGGUCUUUGUCAUAUGAACAUGCAAUUUACAAUAGGAUUGCCUCCUGAAGCAGUCUAUGAGAUGUUCACUAAUCCAAACAACUUGCCAUUCUUUCGAGAGGACGAGGCCGGACGUCAACUUCUGGUUUUUGUUUUCUUAUCAUUGGAAAACAAAUCAACAAAGGUUUUUAAAAAAGAUGGACCAAGGCAGACGACGGAAGUGGAGAAAGCUCUAACAUGGAACUUUCUUUGGUGGUCUGGAGCUAUCCCGAUCCAUCUCAUUAUCGAUGAAAACCAUAAAACUCUUACAGCAAAAUAUAAGACAAAGAAUUUGAUGUUAAUGAAAACGUUGGAGGGUAGUUGGAAAGUGGAGCCAGACUUCGUAGAUCAAGAACGCUUGUGCAAGUCAAAGUUGCCGGAGAGUCGAGAAGAAUACAAAAGAUGUAGCGGCGGAAAAGGAAAGGUUGGGUCGAAAGUGACAAUGGAGCAGAUUUUUCAGCCUUCUUCACUUCUUAAUUUGCCGCCAGUUUCUUGGUUCAUCCGUGGGAUCACCAUCAAAACCACCAAGGCUCUUCUUGAAGAUCUUAGAAAAGCCGGUGCCACGUUCCGAGGAGUUCCACUUGGUAAAUAA